AUAGUACACCCUAUAAUACUUCAAUUCCCUUUGAACCUUCUAGUCUCUCCACUCCUAUAUAUAAACACCUCCACCUUUGUCCUUCUUCCUCCAUUAUUAGCUUUACUGUUUCGUAUCAUUUUUCUUCUCCACUCAUUAUUUUCCAACUUUUUUCUUCUAUCUUCACCCAUGGCUUCUCUUAAGCUUUUGGGUGUUCUCUUUAUCGUUUUAGCCUUUUCGGGUUGUUCCGAUGCUAUGAAAGCACGCCCUCUUAGGCAUUAUGUUAAUGGUAGGCAAGGAUGGGUUCCUCACCCUGCUCAGGAUUAUAAUCAGUGGGCUGGUUCCAAUCGGUUUCUUGUUCAUGAUACUGUCCUGUUUAGGUAUAACAAAGCGACGGAUUCAGUGUUGGAAGUGAGUAAAGAAGAUUAUGAUAGUUGUAACACUGAUCACCCUAUACAAAAGAAGCAAGAUGGCGAGUCGGAAUUUGAGUUGAAUCAUUCAGGACCAUUUUACUUCAUUAGUGGUAACAAGACUAAUUGUCAACAAGGCCAAAAGAUCAUUGUGAAAGUCUUAUCAUAUCCCUCUAAACCACCUUCCGCCAAGCCUCCAGCUUUGUCGCCUGGGGCGCUUCCUCACCCGCCUCCGUCGUCUCCUGGUGCCUCCCCCGGUUCUCCUACUGCACAACCUCCGGCCUCUCCCGGAUCCGGCCACCAUGGCGGCGGCGGUGGAGCCGGCGGUCCAUCAAGCUCGCCUUCCGGUACACCUGGCACUUCUGGUCCAGCCACGUCACCUCCAUCGGGUACACCUGGCGCUUCUGGUCCAGCCAUGUCACCUCCAUCGGGUACACCUGGCACUUCUGGUCCAGCCACGUCACCUCCAUCGGGCACACCUGGCACCUCUGGUCCAGCCACGUCACCUUCAUCUGGCACACCUGGCGCUUCUGGUCCAGCCACGUCACCAUCCUCCGGCACACCUGGCGCUUCUGGUCCAGCCACGUCACCAUCCUCUGGCACACCUGGCGCUUCUGGUCCAGCCACGUCACCAUCCUCUGGCACACCUGGCGCUUCUGGUCCAGCCACGUCACCAUCCUCUGGCACACCUGGCGCUUCUGGUCCAGCCACGUCACCAUCCUCUGGUACACCUGGCACUUCAGGUCCCGCCAUGUCACCAUCUGGGUUCCCAAUUGGUCCGGCAGCUUCUCCAACAACCGCCGGUGAACCAGCCGUUUCUCCGGCAGGCAGUGUUGCAUCGCCGCCGGCACCACCAGGGUCAGCUCCAGCAUCCGGACCGGGUUUGGGACCAGCAUCUGGACCGGGGGGUGCAGGAGGGAACCCGUCUGAUAUAAACGCUCCAUCGCCAUCGGAGAGUUCAGAAUCAAAGAAAAACGCCGCCGGGAGGGACGGCGUUUCAAUGAGUGUGGGUUUAUUAUCGGUAUUAGUUGGUUUAGUUAUGUGGUUUAAUUAAGUGAUGUUAAUUACUUUUGGGUCAUUUUCUCCAUUAUUGUUAUUAGUGUUUAUUUUAUUUUUGGUUUUUUGAGUUAUGAUUUUAUGUGGAGGCAUAGUGGUACAUGUGUGUGAUUAUCUUUAUCUCUACUUUUUAUUUUAGAGGUCCCCUUUUUAUAUAAUCAGGGGUGUUUUAUGAUUUUAGGUUUUGGACAGUGAUUUUUUGUGUAUUUAUUAUUUCGGACUUUGAAUAAUUGAUUACUCAGUUAUAUUUAUCAA